AUGAAGACACACAUUUACAUAAAAAGGCCGAAAAUACUGCACUCCCCUUUGCUGCAGCAGCAGCAGCAGCAGCAGCUGCAGCAGCAGCAGCAGCAGCAGCAGCAGGCGGCUGCAUGCAGCCAGCGCGUUCCUGCAGCUCGAUUGUCCUUAGCAGCCGUAGCAGCAGUAACAGCAGCAAAUUUGCUGCAUGGAAAUAUCUGGGGCUCUCUGUGGUCUACUUGUGUGUCUUGUAUGAGGGUUUCCCUUCAAGGGCAGCAGCAGCAGCAGCAGGAGGAGGAGCAGGUGGAGCAGGAGGAGCAAGAGCACCAGCAGCCGGCGCGGGGUAGACAACAUCGGCGCUGCCAACUGAGCAACGGCAGCAGCAGCAGCAGCAGCAGGGGCAGCAGCAGCAGCAGCUUUAGCAGCAGCAGCCACAGCAGCAACAACAGAAGCAGCAGGAACAGUAGCAGCAGCAGCAGCGAAAAUGAGGCGCCGACAGCAAACCCCCGUCAGCUGCCCUUACUGCACGGGAGCUACAGCAGAAUAUUGUUGCGUAGUAGCAGCAGCAGCAAAUGUAACAGCAGCAGCACAUAUAGCAGCAGCAGCAGCAGCAGCAGCAGCAGCAGCAGCAGGUGUGCUGGUGUUGUGGCGCUCAGGAGCAGCAAGAAAUCAAAAGACAAAAAGAAGAAAAAACAAAAAAAAGAAAAAAAGAAAAAAUCAAAGAAGAAGAAGAAACGAUCCAGCAGCAGCAGCAGCAGUAGCAGCAGCAGCAGCAGCAGUAGCAGCAGCAGCAGCAGCGAUUCGGAUUCCGAUGAGUGA